AUGCUAAAUCAAGGAAGAUGGGAAUCAGACGAUUAUACCCUAUGGAAGCCAGCAGAGUGUAAAGUCAAGUCAUAUACAACAGAAGAACUAUAUAAUUGCCUUUCAAAUUCGAGAAUCAUCUAUAUCGGAGACUCUAUCAUGAGAGAACAAUAUUACGCAAUGGCAGAGAUGUUUCGAUCAGGACGACCAGGCCAAGAUGCGAUUCAUGCUGAUCAAGCAGUUUACUUGGAAGAGCACAACGUAACUAUCGAGAUGUGGUGGGACCCGUUUUUGAAUACGAACAGAACCAUUGACGUGCUGCAAGGGAAAGAAAAAUUACAGCACACCCUAUUGAUUCUAGACACAGGCGUGUGGUACAUGAAGGACUACGGCACCAAUUAUCUUCGUGAAUGGAAAAAGGCAGUUGAUAGAGUUUUUGAUGCUGUGCAGAAUCACCAAAUUGCAGACAAAGUCAUGUUGUCCCCCGUAGAAGCUUUGGAAUAUGAUCGCCUUUCUGAAGCAAGAAAAAAAGUGAUGACACCAGGAAAGAUCAAAAUCAUGAACAAUUAUUUACGAGAACAAGAGCGUAUACUAGAGGAUACAGUGACGCCCUUAGCUAUUCCGUUUGUCUGGAAUGAAAUAUCAGCUUCAUCCAAGAACAAAACUCUGGAUGGACUUCAUUUCCAACCCCCAGUGACAACAGCCCAAGCACGAAUUGCUUUAAAUUAUUACUGUAAUGAUAAGCUUCCACUGAAGUUUUCAACGGAAGCUACGUGCUGUCAUCACUCUAGUUAUCCUGUAUGGUACUUGGCGGCGGUUGCUCUCUCUCUUAUAUGCCUUAUUGUUGUAUUUAUUCUUAUGACUUUUGGUUAUCGUGCCAAUAUUAUUGAUACCCUAUGCGCUGUAAAAAUUCAAUUAAAGACACAAUGUUGA